GCAUCUGGUCCUCGAUGAAGGGCUAGGUUAAGUUAAGCGAGGUCAAUUUGUUAAAAAAAAAUGUUAAAAAACUGUGAAGUUGUUCUAAAUUUGUCUUAGCGAUAAAACGAUAAAUACAGUAAUUAUGUACCGUCAGUUUUACUUAAGGCUAAUAAUCAACUAGCUUUAUGUUUUUUCACAACAUGUAACGAGGGGCAUUAACUGUCUAACCUUGGGAAAAUUAAUGGCAUUCACCUACAGUCUUGAACAUUUUUCCAAAACGAAAUCGGCUUUGGUGGUGUGUGGUCCCAGGUGUAUGGCUAGGAAAAGUUAGGUGAGGUUAGGUGCGGUUAGGGUUUUGGCUAUUUUUUGAACAAUAUGAGGGCUACUGGCUGCACAGCAUUGGGCAAAUUACUGUGACAAUCAGUCUUGUUCGUUAAAAAUACAACAAGGCAAAUAUUCAAGUUUAUGUACUUUUAUUGCGGUUACGAGUGCCAAUCGCUGCAUAAAUGUCCCCGAAACACUUUGCAUUUCGUCUAGGCGUUUCGUUGAACCGAAAUGGUGGCAUCGGUCUGUAAUUCUGCUUUGCAUCUACUUCUGUGCUAAAUCUAUCAACAAUGCCAUGAUCUGUAAAUGAUAAGAGCAAAAGUGCAUUGAAGACGAUCCAAUUUGCCCUCUUAUUUCUUAGAACAAAGUUUACGAAUUCGUCUUUCCAUGUGUCUACAGCAUAAUAGUCUAGUAGAACAAGUAGAAUUCUAGUAUCAAUCCUUGACACAACAAUAUCAAAGUUCACCACUGGAUUCGACAAGUCCACUACGAACUGUUUGUGAUAUUGCUCAAUGUCCCCUUCUUUCAGAAAUCCGUCAAGUUGCUCUCGCAAGUACUGUUCAUGACAUUCCCCGAGCGACAAUAUCUUCUCUGUCUUAUUGUAUAUAUCGUUGUGCGUUAACAGCAUGUCGAGAGUUUGAGACCUCUGUCUCAGUGUUUCGAUGCUGAAAACUUUCACCUUCAUCUUCUGGAAUUUAUAAGCUGUAUGAUAGUUUGUAAGGGUGUUGACAGUCUGAUUGCAUUCGAUAGAAUGAAGCUCGAUGGUCUAUUUCCCUGGUACUGUACCGAAAAAAUAACUUUUUCAAUCAAUCUGCUUUCUGAUUGGUUAAUACAAAGUAGGCGUGGUUUAAGCAAACCGUUCUGAUUGGUCGAAACAAUUCUUGCUAGAUAUAGCGUUUGCGGAUGGUUUAAACUCUCAUUCUGUAUCAGAAUGAUGAACAGAUCAGCCGUAGAAUUACUGAGCACAUUAAUGACAAAGAGCCGUCAACAAGCAAUGGAAACAUUUGUGUUAUACAAGCGAAGAGGCAUAGUGAGAAGAGCCCAGCACUUGAUUCAGAAUAUCGAUAACGUCGUAACUUGUAUCAAUUUGGAUCAUGGACGAGACCCUUGCUUAUUCAAGAGUAGCAUGUCGGCGCUAUCGAAACUUAACUUGUGGGAAAACGAAAUCAGAGAGGCGGCGAACGAAACAGAUAUGUCGGAUGUAAUAGCUGCUGCGAGAUUUCUCUUGGAGCAUCAAGGCUUGCUGAGGGAUGAAAUUGACAAAAUGGACAAAGCGAAGAAACAACUCACACUAACAGAAACCAUCAUGAUUAGCGACGACGAAAGUGAAGAGUUGCCAGAUAUCAUCAGUCCGACCAUGACUAUGAAAUCGAAAAGUCCGAUAAGAGGCAUCCGAGGAUUACACAAGCGGAAACCUUACACGAGGCCUUCAUCAACGGUUACCAGCAGUACAUUGAGCGAAACGGCUUGGGAAAAGAGGGAAAAUGAGAUGCUGGUGGCUCAUCAGAGAGAACUUUCUAAAGCUAAGCAAGAGGCAAGAGACGAACUGUUAUUAUGUAUAAUAUGUCUAUCAGCCGAGAAAGAUCACACACUAGUGCCUUGCGGACACACCUUUUGUAAAGACUGUUCACAUAAGAGUAAAGCUAAGGGAAAGUGCUUCUUUUGCAUGACAAAAGUAAAAUCGUGUGUAAAAAUGAGACUGACAGACUAAAUGACUGACAGAUGCUAUUCCUUCUUGUCUUAUCAUGAUGGCAAUAAAAUGCUAACAUAUCA